GUUGGUUGUUUGUGAGCGGGCAGAGGAGGAGCAGUGGAGAGAGGCGACUCCUCUACGUGAUACGUGACGCCUCUCUCCCUGCAGAGUCCAGCUGAUUGGCCCAAAUGUGACGUACAACAGCGGCUGGAUUCGCCUCUCCGCGGGGCCGCAACUGGGGCGGGGCGGAGGUCUGCUGACCUGGUCUGAAGAAACAAUGAUCGAGCGAGCAGGCAGGGAGUGAUACCUGACCACGCGAGUAGCCAGCGAGCCAGCCGGCUAUCCUGUCCCUUCGCCCGCGGCCUCCCGAACACUCGCCCACCGACAUAACCUAGACCGUCUUGAGCCAAGACUGUCGGCCACCUCCCCCUUUGCUCUCCACACCCCUCCCCUCCCCUCGCCACCCAUGUCCGACACCGACAAGGAGAAGGGCGGGCGCUUCGAUGCGCCCGCCGAGGUCAGCGUGCACGCCGGAGAGGGAUACUACGACCCGUCGCAGGAGAGCACACUCACACGGCUCGGCCUGAGCAAGGAGUCGUUCAAGCGCGCGCCGGGCACCACUCGCGGCCUCGUGGCCCACGGCGACAUCCCGCCCGAGCUGCAAGUGUACGACAACCCCAACCUCCAGCAGAAGAUGCGCCCGCGCCACCUGCAGAUGAUCGCCGUCGGCGGCGCUAUCGGCACGGGUCUCUUCGUCGGUUCGGGCGGCGCGCUCGCCACCGGCGGCCCCGGCGCCAUCCUCAUUGCGUGGAUCAUCAUGGGCGUCAUGCUCAUCAACGUGACGCAGGCGCUGGGCGAGAUGGCAAUCUUGUAUCCUGUCUCUGGUGGCUUCUUCACGCUGGUCUCGCGUUUCCUCGAUCCUAGUUUGGCUUUCGCCCUCGGCUGGAACUAUGUCUUCUCUUGGAUGAUCACGCUCCCGCUCGAGCUCACCGUCGCGGGCAGCACAGUCAUGUACUGGACCACGCCGGUGCCGCUCUGGGCGUGGAUCUUAAUCUUCUACUUUAUCGUCUUUGUCAUGGUCAUGUUCGGUACCCUCGGUUACGCCGAGACCGAGUUCUGGACAGGCUGCCUCAAGCUCAUCGUGAUUGCAAUCUUCAUCAUCCUCGCCGUCGUCUGCGUGUGCGGCGGUGGACCCAAGGACGGCGCGUACGGCAGUUACAUCGGCGCCAAGUACUACCACGACCCCGGUGCCUUUGCAGCUGGCUUCAAGGGAUUCUGUGCCGUGCUUGUGACGGCCGCGUUUGCCUAUGCUGGCUCCGAGCUCGUGUCCUUCGCGGCCACUGAGACGCCUGACCCCCGCGCCACGAUGCCAUCGGCCAUCAAGAACAUUUUCUGGCGUGUCAUCUUCAUCUACAUCACGCUCAUCCUCCUCGUCGGCCUCGCGAUCCCCUACGACGAGCCGCUCCUCCUCGAGGGCGACGGCGCGAACGGCUCCCCGCUGGUCAUCCUCUUCCGCCGUGCCAAGAUCCGCGGUCUCGACCACCUCGUCAACGCCACCAUCCUCAUCUCGGUGCUCGCCAUGUCCAUGUCGUGCAUCUACGGCGGUUCGCGCCCGCUCGUCGCCCUCGCCGAGAUGGGCUACGCGCCCAAGUUCUUUGGCAACGUCGACAAGGCCGGACGGCCGAUGUGGGCCCUGCUGGCCAUCUUCAUCUGGGGCCCGCUCGCAUUUGUCAACGUCGCGCCUGAUGUUGGCACCAAGGUGUUUGACUGGUUGCUUGCGCUGUCGGGCCUGUGCACUCUCUUCACCUGGCUCGCAAUCUGUGUGACGCACCUGCGAUUCCGCAAGGCCUGGCGCGUGCAAGGCCACAGUCUGGAAGAGCUUCCAUUCAAGGCGUUUGGCGGCAUCUACGGCUCCUGGAUGGGCAUCAUUCUCAUCUCGCUCGUGCUCAUCGCCCAGUUCUACACUGCAGUCUGGCCAAUUGGACCGAUGCCCAAGGGCGCCGCCGCGGCCGAGGGCUUCUUCCAAGUCUUCGUGUCCUUCCCCAUCGUCAUCAUCUUCUACAUUGUCGGCUUCCUCUGGAAGCGCUCGCUGCCGCACAAGGCGCAGGACAUCGACCUCGACACGGGCCGCAAGUCGUGGCUCACAGCCGAGGACAUGCGCGAGUGGCGUGCCAAGCGCGCCGACGCACCGUGGUGGAAGAGGCUGUAUCGUGUCCUGUUCUGCUAGUUGUCUGCCUCUGCCACGGGUUCCGAGCUGGCCGAGUGGGUCGGGUAUCAAUCGAGCCGUGCACCUCACACGCUACUGCAUCUAGUCUAAUCGUUGUUUAUGCAUCUGGUCAUGGAAUGGCCGUGGCGGGCCGGGACCCGAGCUGUGCCACUGCCGAAGGCAUCUUUGUGCCCAUGCGCCUCGCCCGACGGCCACAUAGUCAGAGUUGGAUGAUCUGCGUAUCGGCAGCCCGUGUACA